CAGUGCAACUCCCCCCAUUUUAGAGUAUAUAUAAUUAGGUUCAAUGAAGCAGAAAAAAUAUUUUAUUGCAACAAUUAGAAAAAAUUUAAGAAUCAAUUUGAUACUCUUUAUAAUCCGGAAAGGGGGAAAACCCUCCAAUACGACAUCGUUAUCCCUCAGUUUUCUACUUGAUCAGUUAAAAGAAUCGCAAGGAAGGGAGGAAGGAGCAGGCAGCUCAACCCUCAACGAGCAAGUCGAGUCUUCGUAAUGGCAACUCUAAAAAGCAAAACCGGUUUGAAGCCCCUGUCCUGGUUCCUCCAUUGGCAGAGUCCAUCUUUUAUUUACACAACCACACGGAAGCUUGAAACCCUAGCUUUCGAAGAGGUCCGAUCUUCGACGGACAAACCAUACUCUUCAACGGCUUUUAUUCUCCAUGGCCUCUUGGGAUCUGGCCGCAACUGGCGUUCCUUCUCUCGCAAUCUCGCUUCCUAUCUCUCCAAUUCCUCUGAAUGGAGAAUGGUGCUUGUGGAUUUGAGGAACCAUGGAAAAUCGGCUGAUAUCAGAAGUGUCGAUCCGCCCCAUGACAUGUUUAAUGCGGCCAAAGAUUUGGCUAAUUUAGUUAAAUAUCAAGGUUGGGAUUGGCCUGAUGUUGUUAUUGGUCACUCCUUGGGUGGCAAAGUCGCCCUUCAGUUUGCGCAGAGUUGUGCUCGUGGUGAUUAUGGGGAUUCCGUAGCAUUGCCCAAACAGCUGUGGGUUUUGGAUUCCGUCCCUGGAGAAGCAAGCAUGAAAAACAGCGAUGGAGAAGUGGAGAAAGUCUUGAAGACCUUGCAAAGUUUGCCUUCAUCACUUCCUUCAAGAAAGUGGCUUGUGAACCACAUGAUUGAACUUGGGUUCUCAAAGUCAUUAUCUGAGUGGAUUGGUAGCAAUCUCAAGAAAUCUGGAGAGCAGGAGACAUGGGCUUUUAAUCUUGAAGGUGCUAUCCAGAUGUUCAAUUCUUACAGGGAGACAUCAUAUUGGUCUUUGUUGGAGCACCCACCGAAAGGAAUGGAGAUAGAUAUUGUGGUUGCAGAGAACAGUGACCGCUGGGACCGGGAAAUACUUCAGCGACUUGAAAGUCUUGACAAUAAGAAAGGAGAUGGAUCUGAGGGUACGGUUUCACUUCACAUUCUUCCAAACUCGGGGCACUGGGUUCAUGUGGACAAUCCAAAGGGUCUUCUGGAGAUUGUGGCGCCUAAGAUUGCCUCCCUUUCAGCAUCAUAAGUGCAUCGCUGUAGUUCUAGUUUCAAGGGAUCUAUGAUAAAAUAAGUAUUGUUGACAUUAUUUUUAUUUCUUAUAGCAAUAUGAAGUCUGUCAAUAAACACAUAUUAAUGAAUAAUUUAUCUUUUUGAUGAAAUGUUCUCCCCUUA